AUGGUCAACAUCUGGGGAAUCGUCAAGCUUGGCCUCGUCGCCAGUGUUAUGGCAUCGCCCAUCGUUUCGGAUGACCCGUCGACACUCGACUCCCGAUCUCCCCUCCCCGGCCGCGGGCAAUCCAAUCCGGACUGUGGAAAAUACAGCUUUGUUUUCACCGGCUUGCCCUGGAACCAUCCCGCGGUGAAGGCGAGCGGCUUCACCCCGCAGCAGGUCGAAGCCGGGAUCCGGUCAGACAUGAAAGCAAUCGUCCAGGCCGGUUACAACAUUAAAGCCGUGCUCGUGGGGCCCGAGAACCCCAUUGGGGACAUCGCUUCCGAGCUGAAAGGCGUAGAAUGGACGGGAACUGGUGUCGGACAUAAUUCAGUUGUACCGGGAACAGGUACCCCGAGCCCCGAUUCUCUUCAACUACUCACCCAACUCGAGCGUUUGGGCCAUCCAGCAGUAUUUUCCGCUCCCGGCCUCACUGGACUGCUCGAAAAGGCCUGGGAAGGACCUGGGUAUUGCGAUCCACUGCAAAGCCUGCACUCCCCCAUCGUAAAGCUCCCGUAG